AUGGAAAAUCACACGAAUCACCUAGGAUCGUUAAUCUACUUAGCAAGCAAUAUUAGGUAUUUUCAAGGAAAUCCGAAGAGCUAUAACCUUACUCCAGACAUGUUCACGGUAUCGUCUAUGUCAUCAUUGUUCAAGACGGGCUUGUUGUCAAUGGGCCUAAAAGGACAAUCAUUCAAUAGCCUAGUAAUAACGAGAAACUUGAUGAAAACACAUAAGGGAGCAGCAAAACGGUGGAGGAAAUCUGCUCAAGGUUUCAAAAGAGGUAUUGCAGGUAGGAAUCACGGUAAUGUUGGAUGGUCACAUAGAUAUUUGAACAAAUUAACCGGGAGGAAAGAAGCUGAUCCAACACAUGUUAAGCAUCUAAAGAGAAUGUUGCCAUAUCAUUGA